AUGGGCCAUCAAAAUAAUAGCCUUUUCCUCCAAGUCAAAGCAACUCCAACCCCUCCAAGUAUCAUCGGUGUUCAAAAUUGGGAAUUUGUUUGUUUCACAAUAUUAUACAGUAUCACUUUUAUCCUAAGUCUAUUUGGUAAUAGCAUCAUGAUUAUUUCCAUCAUUCGUAAUAAAACGAAAAAUAUGAGAGGCGCUACCAAUUAUUUCAUUGCUAAUUUGGCCUUUUCUGAUCUGUUAAUUGCUAUCUUUGUCAUUCCCUAUCGUUAUAAUGAAUUCAUUUUUAAACGUUGGCAAUUAGGUCGAUUACUAUGCGCUUUGUUGCCAACCAUUGAGAAAUCGCUCUUUACAGUCUCUAUUUUACAAAUAUUAGCUAUUGCUUAUGCACGCCAUCGUAUUGUUGUCUUUCCAUUUAAAAAAGCAUUAACCAAACGGCGUGCUGCUAUUAUUAUAUUCCUAGUAUGGAUCGUAGCUAUUUCAGGAGCUAUCCCAGUUACAGUUAAAAUGCACUAUGACAAUAUUUUCACUACUAAACGAGCACUUUAUUGUGCACCAUGGUGGUCAUUUGCUUAUCAACGUAUAUAUUAUCGUGUCUUGUUCUUUCUCAAUGCUGUUCCCAUGUUUAUUACGUUUGGUAUUUAUGGCCACGUUUACUACGUUAUGAGACGUCGUACCCGACGCAAUAAUAGCAUUAAUUCGCAUAAUCCAGCAACUGCUGCUAGCCAUCGUAGUAUCUUAAAAAUGCUACUAGUAAUGCUAUUAUUAAGUUCAUUGUGUUGGAUACCCUACGGUAGCAUGAUCUUUGUUCUCAGUCUUGUUAUUCUUCGCCAUCCAAAAUUAACAUUGAUAUUAUCAUUUUUAAAAUGGCUUGCAGUCUUUAACUGCUGUCAUAAUCCAUUUGUAUGCUGGAUAUUUAGCCAGAAUUAUCGCCAAGAAAUGAUUUACGUCAUAACAUGCGAUAAGCGAAUAUCUGUAUUUGAUCGUCGGAGACCUGAUCGGUUUACCACUUCUGCCAGUACUCAAAGUAAAAGUAUAAUGUUGUCUAGCCAACGAAGUAAAUCAGGUAGUUUUAAACUUUCACGCCGUACAUUAUCGUUUUUUGGAAGCUUUCGUCGUCAAUCAAAUCAGCAAAAUAAAAGUAAUAACGAUGCUAAUGGUAAUCAACAGCAAAUUCCUUCCAGACAAGUUCAAAAACCCCUUCAAAAUCUGACUAAUUGCUUAAGUUCUCCAUUAAUGCAAAGUAAGGAAGCUAUGGGUAAUUUAACUUAUACUAGGUAA